AUGGAUGCCCUGCUGUCCCAACUCGAUGCGCUCGUCCUCAAGCCCGAACUAGCCCCCCUCCUCUCCUUAGUCAAGGGCGCACGAAAUGGAAUCGUCUACGGAUCGAAAGUGCGCUUUCCACAUGCGCUGGUGAUACGCGAAAAGACCAAGCUCGUUUUCAAAGCUACACGCCAGCAUGCGCGCAAUCUCUCAACAUUCGCAAUCAUCUGGAAAGCAUCCAUGAUCCUCCUCCGGAAUGUCCCUGGUGGAACCGGGAAGGAGGGUCGAUACGAUAGUUUCUUUGCAGGCCUGCUGGGCGGGUACGCAGUCUUCGGACGACAGCCGGGCAGUAUCAGCCAACAGAUUGUCAUUUAUGUUUUCGCGCGUGUGAUGCUCGCUCUCGCCAAAUUGGCCAUCCAACCGAAUAUGCACCCGCUUUCCUCCCUCAUCACACCCGAGGCGCGCGAGAAAAUGACGAAUAAUGCAUACCCCGUCUUUGCCAGUAUGACUUGGGCAAUGGUUAUGUAUAUCUGGCGGUGGUACCCCGAGACUCUGGCGUCGAGUUUGCGGAGUAGUAUGGUUUACAUGUAUGCUUCGCUGGCGUGGACUGAAGAUGAUCUCGCUGACCUUGAUUUAGUUAUGGCGACUCGGAUAAUUGGGAUUCCUUGCGUACGCUCUUGUUGCAUAACAAAUGAGGCGGUUCUUCUUUGGGUUUCGGCGUAUAGAGCGGGAUGUUCGGUGUUUUCAAGAUUUAACAUGCAUCAUUCCAGGCCCAGCUCAUUGGUUUUUCAUUUGCCCUGUAUGAUGAGGCAUGGGACUUCUUCGUAUCUACUUUUUAUUACAACAUAUAGGGGUGUAUAUAUAACUUUGAGAAUACCUACUCCGCACUUGGUAUCGGGGUCGCCGGGCCAAAUACCCGAAAUGUUCACAUUCAACGGCCAAGCAACUCACAAAUAUCGUGAGCCACAUCCCGGGAGUUUUUCUCAUAAGAAUACAUAA